AAAAGGACAAAGACGUGGGACGAGCGGGAUGGGAUAAAGAGGACACGAAGAUGAGAGGACAGCGGAGGACAAGAUUUUAGUCUCGAGGAUUUUAUGCUCCUUGUUGGUUUGGAAAGAAAACAUGAACACCACGAAUUGGGCGAUGAGACCUAAUGCGUUCAGCGCCGAGAUCCUGGAAAACCCACUUCAGGCUUAUCUCCUGGGAAUCAUUGUCUCCAUCUGUGGGAACGUUCUCAUCAGCAUUUCUCUCAACAUACAGAAAUACACCCAUGUGCGACAGGCUCAGCGUGGCUCUAAGCCCUACUACACAUCUGCUCUCUGGUGGAUGGGGGUGAUCCUGAUGGGAGUGGGCGAACUGGGGAACUUUGCUGCCUAUGGAUUUGCCCCUGCAUCACUCAUUGCUCCACUGGGCUGUGUGUCAGUCCUAGCCAGCGCCAUCAUAUCGGUUGUUUUCCUGAAGGAGACGAUUCGCGCCUCUGACAUACUGGGUGGGACUCUGGCGAUCACAGGAACCUACCUUCUGGUGACCUUUGCUCCCCACAACAUCUCCAUGGUAACAGCCCAAAUGGUCCAUUACUACUUCAUCAGCUGGUACUUACUGGUUUACAUAGUCAUUGAGAUCAUUCUAUUCCUCUUUCUUCUGUUUCUGUACAAGAUAAAGAAAGUGAAGCACAUUGUGAUUGUGAUGCUCCUGGUGGCCUUAUUAGCCUCUGUGACAGUGAUCUCAGUCAAAGCUGUGUCAGGGAUGAUCACUGAGACCAUAAAGGGAAGCCUGCAGCUCGUUUACCCCAUCUUCUACGUCAUGUUUGUGGUCAUGGUCGCCUCCUGUGGCUUCCAGAUCAAAUUUCUGAACCAGGCCAUGAAAAUGUUUGAUGCAACUGAAGUGGUGCCAAUCAACUAUGUGUUCUUCACCACCAGUGCCAUUAUAGCAGGUAUUGUAUUCUAUCAAGAGUUUGAAGACCUGGCCAUGCUCAACAUCUUAAUGUUUGUAUUGGGUUGUCUUCUGUCAUUUGUCGGAGUCUACCUGAUUGCUCGAAACAGACCAAAGAUAAAGCAAGAAAAUGGGGAUUUUAUUCCAGUGGACACUAUUCCUGGGAGAAGGCACAUCACCAAAGAGCAGCCCGAGGCGAGUGCGCUGCCAUACGGAUCACUGGCAGACAAACUUAUGUGCAACAGGCCAGGCCCAUCUGACGAUUCAUAACACCCGCUCCAUCUGUGCAACUAUGGGUGCACUAGGGCUCCAACCAGGCGCUACAAAGAGGUUGUGAAUGAGAAUUAAACAGUAAAUGACAGUAAACUGUCAUUUACUUGUAUAUUUUGUGUAAAGAGCCAAAUUUCCUAUAAAUUAAAUAAAAACUGAAUUAAAUUGUUUAAAA